UUGUUUUUUACAGGUUCUCAGGUGUUUACAUUGACCAAUUUUACCAAACUGAUUGCAUUGCCAUUGACUUUGAAGUAUUGAAUAAUCAGAAUGCCUAAGAGGAAGAAAAGACAGAAUGUGCCAUAUCGUGUAGGAAAAGACGUGGAACUGGCAAAUCAAAAUUAGACAAAGCGCUGACUGAAAUACAUGCACUUACGCCAGACAUUGCACCUGAUGAAGAUCUUUUUGCAUCUGAAACAGAAGAGCUUACAUGCACCAGUAUGGAUUCAGUCUCCUUGGAUCAUUCAUAUUUGUCUGAUAACCAGACCGUGGCAGAACUUUGUUUAGAUGAAGAAAUUGAUGUUAAUCAACAUAUUGAACUUGAAUGCCAAGAAGAAUGUGUAAUAGCUUCAGAAAACCCUUACGAGGCAUUGAAAAGGACAAUUUGUACUAGUCUUACUUUUCCAUAUGUAUACAAUACUGCUUCCAGUGACCACAUGCAAAUUAUUGAACACUAUCCAUCAUCAAGAAGCGUGUAUGUUAAGUUGACUGUCAUAAUCCACAAUGAUUUUUCUGCUAAGUUAUAUGUUCACGGCAUCGAACUAAGUAGAGAGCAUGACAUCUGGUUGGGAUUGCCAAGUGUGUAUGACAACAUAGCCAGCAUUGAAAAACUGUUAUCUAAACUAAAGAGUUAUACUGUUUGUAGUGGGAACCACGAGCAAGAGUUUCUAGACCUUACUCCAGUUGGUAGCACAAUAGAGCAUGCAACAGAUGCACAGAGUUGUCGAGGUUUUAAAGAACAAGAUUUCGGUGCCGUUAAAGGGACUAUUAAUUACUCUUCAACAGUUUGCAAUGUCAGUUGUUUGUUACUAGUGCAAGGAAACAGAUGCUCUCCAUGUACUCGUCUUCGUCGCAUUCUUAUAAGCAGAAAACACCGACUUGAAGGAAAAAAAGGCUUUCUGAUGGCAGCUAGUGUUGGAUAA